AUGGUACGCUGGUGGCUCUACCUCGAGGAAGAGCGCAGCGACGACUUGGAUCUGCUGCGCAGUGGACGAGUCGGCCUACGGCUUCUUGACCAUCCGCGGCUGUGUCUCCGAGAUGCGAACGAGAUUCUGCCCUACAGCCUGGCGAAGACGAUGUAUUUCCAUGGCAUGGGCCCAGCUGGCCUCUGGAAAGGAUGGGCACCGUUCAGUGAUUGGUUCCGCUAUGAAGUCCUGUCCCGCUUUGGCGGCUGGUGGGUGGACGCUGAUAGUGUGAGUGUUCAAAACUUGGGCGUCCUCGGUGCAGAGGCAUCCGAGCUGAUCUGUGCCACGGAGCGCCAUCGCCGCGACCGAAGACGCCUGGGCGCCUUAGCCAUGGCGAAAUCAGAGGAGCCAGGGCACAAGUCUCGCUGGCGACACUAUGAUGAAAGCCGCUUCAAAGACUGGGCGGAUCAGGCCUCCGCGGAAGGCCUAGACCUCUGCCUGCUUUGCAACUGCGCGCUGCGGGCCCCGAAAGCCGCGCCGCCUCUCGUGGCCCUGGCGCAGGAGAUGUGGAAUCGCUUGGAGCGCUACGCAGAGGAGUUUCGUUCGCGCGGCAUUGAGGGCCCCAACAGCAUCACGGCUUUGAGCAACGCUUCACGGCUUCGCUGCGCACUUCCAAAUGGUAUGCUGGGAUCCACGCUGCUGCAAAAGGCUGCGCGCGAGGACCUCGGGUCUCUGCGACUGCGGCCACUUCACUGGUCCUGCUUCAAUCCCGUUGAGGCCACAGACGCAGAGCGGAUGCACCGAGUACUAGAGGGUCAGGAGGCACUGCCAGCCUGUGCGCUGGCCGUGCACUUCUUCCGCAAGGUUAGAGACGAGUGGUCUGCGUUGGGUCUGCCAACACCGAAGCUCAAGCCUGUGCUCAAGCUGUCAGAGCCUCUCAACGAGAGUCUCAACAGACCUGUCGAAGGCACCCACCUCCAAGGGAGUGCAAACUCAGAAUUGGCCGGGGGAUGGCUGCCGACGAGGCCAACUCGGCCUGACUCGCGCGCGAUCCUCCGUGACCCCCAAAACACUGCUCCACGAAAGAAGAGAAGCUUUCUAGAAAUGCUGGAGAGAUCUCGAAAGGACUUCUGGAAUGCUCCGGCAAAGGACAGCCGGAGCGGGAGCACCAAAGCAACUAGGACCAAAGCUGUCAGUGCCCGAGCACUGCGAGAACCCCAUGCGGCAGAGUGCUGUGGGAGGUGGGUCAACGUGACCCUGUCAUCGGCAUCUGCAGGCUCCACAUGGCGUAUGGAGCAGAUUUGCAAGCGGCAUGCCGGCACACUGGAGCAGAUGCUGCUCAAGUCCGAGCACCUUUCAGUCGAGGUGAUGUGUCUGGCACUGGAGCCGUGGGAGAGCCGCCAACUUGCUGCCCUCGCAGUGACAGCCCUCACGCUCGUCCUGGGCACGCUCGUCCUGGCGGCUCUCAACGCCGCUACGAGGCCAUACUACGACAUGUAG